UCUCUGUCUGUCUGUCAUCUUUUUACAAAUAAUUCUUAUUUUUUAUAUUAUUCCUUUUCUUUUUACUUUCUUCCUACUUUAACCUCGUUUCGAUUCAUCAUGCAGACCAUAAAGUGUGUUGUCGUUGGAGAUGGUGCUGUCGGAAAGACUUGCUUGCUCAUCUCGUACACUACCAAUAAGUUCCCUUCUGAAUAUGUUCCCACUGUCUUUGACAACUAUGCAGUGACAGUCAUGAUUGGAGAUGAGCCCUACACUCUCGGACUCUUUGAUACAGCUGGUCAGGAGGAUUAUGAUCGUCUUCGUCCUCUUUCCUAUCCUCAGACAGAUGUUUUCCUUGUCUGUUUCUCGGUCACUUCGCCAGCAUCGUUUGAGAACGUUAGGGAAAAGUGGCUGCCUGAGGUCCACCACCACUGCCCUGGAGUUCCUUGCCUGAUUGUCGGGACUCAGGUUGAUUUGCGCGAUGACGCCGCUGUGGUAGAAAAGCUGUCUCGCCAGAAGCAGAGGCCUAUCUCUGCUGAGAAUGGCGAGCGUCUCUGCCGCGAACAGAAUGCUGUCAAAUAUGUAGAGUGCUCGGCUUUGACACAGAAGGGAUUGAAGAAUGUGUUCGAUGAGGCUAUCGUAGCAGCGCUUGAGCCUCAGGUGAUCAAGAAGAAGAGCAAGUGCUUGGUGCUUUAAAGAGGAAGUAGAAAAAAACUGAAAAAAAGGGUUAUGCUCUUGGCAUCUGCAAAUGACACUAUAUUCACUACUUUCAGAAUAUGAUAUCGCUAGAAUUCAAAGAGGAAACAAAAAACGCGUGAUAAAUUUGGUUCGAGACGUUUUACAGCCUUGAAAACUCU